AUGCGUUACGAUAUACUCUUCAGCGCCUCGUUGGGCAUGUUCUUGGCUGCUCAGCCCGCACAGGCUGGUCCAUUGCCGCACUUGAGAGCCAGAAUGCCCAACGUUGCGCGAGCUGACACAACUGCCGUAUUUCAGACGUCGGCAGUUCCUAAUGAGCAAGGACCUACUUCUGAACCCGCUGCGUCCUCAGCCGAAACUCCUCGCCCCAUCUUUCAAACCUUGACGGGCUCGUCAGUAGAUAUACCCGACUCUCUCACCUCUGGCACGCCUUCUCAGGUUCAGAGCCAAGCUCCAGUCACUUCUUCGGCCCCAGGAAUCACUGUCAUCCCAAUCGUGGACUCUUCAACCACUGCAGGCGUUGAAACGAGUGCUCCAGCUGAAACGAGUGCUCCCGCCGCCGCACCAACCACGUCUAGCAGUGCUGUCGAGACUUCUACCGAGGCUUCUCUUCCAAUCACGGCCAGUACGGCCGUUGGUAUUCCUACUACGAGUGCUGCCCCGGCUACUUCUACCGAGCUUGCCAGUACAAGUGCAACUAGCCAGGUUGCUGACCAGUCCACGACAAUUGCGUUGCCAGAUGAUAGAGCCACCACCAGUGUUUCCUCAGAGGGAUCCAGCACCGUCGCUGGCACUUCUACCAAUGUUGCUACCUCGACUACAGCUCACAGUACCUCUGUGGGAGGGACAACCUCUGUGGGAGGAACAACUUCUGUAGGGGGAACAACAACCUCUAUCGGAGGAACAACAACCUCAGAAAAGCCUUCGUCGACAGAGGCAACUCCUCAGACAACACCAACAGGUGCUUCAACUACUGGAUCUGAGGCUUCAAGCUCUGCUACCGUAAACACAGAGUCUCAGACGGCGACAACCGGGGUUAAAGAGUCUACAACUGCGCCUCUGACAACUGGUAAUGCCGCUUCUUCUGCAAGCACCGAGACUUUGGCCACUACAAACACUGCGCCUGCCACUACUGCUUCAACCACGGCAGCUCAGACUCGGACUCAGACAACUGAUCCUGUCUCUGAGACUACGGCUUCAACAACGCAGACGAGUGCUACUACUUCUGCUACUUCUGCUACUACUGAGGCUACCUCUUCUGCUAUCACUGAAGCUACUUCGGCAUCGCAGACUCAGGCCCCAGGAACCACUGCUGCCGAGUUCACCACGAGCUCUAUCCCCUCAAAGCCGGUAGUCGACUCUACAAGUCUAACCCAGCCUCACUCUACCACCAGCGCGGCUCCCACAUCCACCGGAGGAAGCAGCCUGACUUCAAGUACUACCAAUCCUGGAACUACUGUUGCAACGUCCGAGACCGCAUCUUCUACCGAGUCGCCAACGACCUCAGCCUCAGCCUCAACCUCAGAGACUGCUUCAACUCAUGACACGGUGUCUAGCUCCACGUCAAUCCCGUCCACCGCUGCCACCAGUGCCACCAGCGAAGCGCUCUUCUUGACUUCAUCAGCCCCAGCGGAAGUCACGGCGCCCCCAACCUCUGCAUCCUCCACAGCCUCGUCGACUUCAAGCUCGACCUCAUCCGAGGCCAGCACUUCCAGUCAGGCUGCCACUUUACCAGCUUCAAAGCCGCAGAGCACCCUGACGAAGCCUGUAUUCCUCCCCACCCCUGAGCUCCCUGCUCCCAGCUCUUCGACGAGCUCUGCGCCAUCAACCACCGCAGCCCCCCCGUCGUCGUCAGCCUUGCCUCCGCCCCCACCGCCGACAACCACGGCCACGUCUACGACAAGGCUCACUGCUACUGUCACCGUUCAGCCUACGGGAACACCCGACGUCGCCGUCCCUACUGCCUUCACCACCUUUCCCACUGGCACCUCAACCGUUCCGGCUCAGGUCUUUGCGAGCAAUCUCGCCCAGGCCCAGCAAUACAACAAUGUCUUCAAGGGUCUGACCCCCAAGUCUGCUUGCACCGGCUCCCAAGCGGCUUGCAUCGACGGCCAACUUGCCAAGUGCGGUCCCGACGGGGCGUUUGUCCUCGAGGCAUGCACCAUCCCGGGAAUGAAGUGCUAUGCCCUGCCAAUGACAGUUACCGAGGGCGUCGUGGUGGGAUGCCAGGACACUUCUAAAGCAGAAGACAUCCUCGGCGCCACGGGCCAACCUCAGAGCAGCGCGCCGGCCCCCACGCCGGCCCCUACGCCGGCUGUCCCCAGUGACGAUCCGGCUGAUCCUCCGGCGGUAACUCUCACCACCGUCAUCACCAUCAGCGAUCAGCCGUCCCCGCCACCUGCAACUACACCGGCCUCCUCGACAACCCCGGCUGUACCCCAGGAGCCUUCAUCCACUCCCACUCCCGAGCCUCAGCCUCAGCAGCCGACUCCGGACCCCGUCAUCCCUCCACCUGCCACCACCAGCUCCGCGGCCCCUCCUCCUCCUCCCCCCCCUUCGCCGCCGCCAGCUCCAACCACCUUCCAGACCAUCAAGACCAGCCAGCCCGCCCCCGUCAUCACGCCCCCCUCGGCCCCCGCCUUUGCGCCUCUCCCCCCUCCUAAUCCCACGAGCCUCGUCCUCAUCCCCAUCCCCGACGAUCCCGCCCCGUCAGAGCUCGCCAUCCCCAGCUCCGACAGCAAUCCUCGUACCACCGCCGUCGUCAACGGGACCCCUACCGUGUCGGUCUACUUCACGGUUACCGUCACGCAGCAGGAGAAGGAGACUGUCACCGUCACUGUCAGCGCUUAA